GCAACGACAAAAGUAAAGAAUGAUGGAACGUCGUGUGAUUUGACAGUGAAGAAACAUUUAAUGGAAAAAGUGCCUCGGUAUCCUGUGAUAUCCGGAUUCUGGCCAGCGGACCGACAUUGGUAAUCAGUGAACGGAAGGAAGGCUCGAGGCGCGGAACGCGAAGGGUGAGACAGGGGUGAACUGGCCGGCGGAGGGUGAGGCUGAAGUGAUGACGGGCGAGGAAGGAAAGUGCGGGGGUGGAACUGGCACUGGUGGGGAUGCCGGCGUAGGAAACACGAAUACGAACCUUACCGACAACGUGAACAAUGUUAACGCCAAUGUACACGCGAAUGUUAAUGCCAACAUAAAUGCCAGCCAGCAGAAUGGAGGUCCGGAAAAAGCGCCUGUCGUUGGCGGUACCAAUGUGGAAACGUUACCUCGCGCUGGCAAACAGAGCGAUCCUAGUACAGCGUUCCUUCGUGCGGCUCGCGCAGGGCAGCUGGAAAAAGUUUUGGAAUACUUGGAAUCGGGAGUGGACAUCAAUGCUUCAAACGCUAAUGGCUUAAACGCUUUACACCUGGCAGCUAAAGAUGGACAUUUGGAAAUCGUCAGAGAACUUCUUAACCGUGGCGCAGUGGUCGAUGCUGCUACUAAAAAGGGAAAUACGGCAUUACAUAUCGCUUCUCUUGCUGGACAGGAGGAGGUGGUACAAUUGCUUGUACAACGAGGUGCUUCUGUGAAUGCACAGUCACAAAAUGGGUUCACGCCAUUGUAUAUGGCUGCUCAGGAAAAUCAUGAUUCUGUAGUAAAAUUCCUCCUGAGUAAAGGGGCCAAUCAGACAUUGGCUACUGAGGAUGGCUUCACCCCGUUAGCAGUAGCAAUGCAACAGGGUCACGAUAAGGUAGUAACAGUACUGUUGGAAAAUGACACUCGUGGUAAAGUUCGAUUGCCUGCCCUCCACAUUGCUGCCAAGAAAGACGAUUGCAAGGCGGCUGCCCUACUUUUACAAAACGAUCACAAUCCCGACGUAACAUCGAAGAGUGGUUUUACACCGCUCCACAUAGCUGCACAUUAUGGCAACGAUCGAAUUGCUUCCUUGCUUUAUGAUAGAGGAGCAGAUGUAAAUUUUGCGGCCAAGCACAAUAUUACGCCAAUGCAUGUAGCAGCAAAAUGGGGGAAAAUAAAAAUGGUGAAUCUAUUGAUGAGCAAAGGAGCAAACAUUGAAGCGAAAACGAGAGACGGCCUUACACCUCUCCAUUGUGCCGCACGAUCUGGCCACCAUGAAGUUGUCGACAUUUUAAUCGAGAAAGGUGCUCCAAUUGGUUCCAAGACGAAGAAUGGUCUUGCACCGUUGCACAUGGCUUCUCAAGGAGAUCACGUUGACGCUGCGAGGAUAUUAUUGUAUCAUCGAGCACCCGUGGAUGAAGUGACGGUAGAUUACUUGACGGCGCUACACGUGGCAGCUCAUUGCGGACAUGUACGAGUGGCUAAGCUUCUACUUGAUAGAAAUGCCGAUCCAAACGCACGAGCUUUAAACGGCUUUACUCCACUUCACAUUGCCUGCAAGAAGAACAGAUUGAAGGUCGUCGAGCUCCUCUUAAAGCACAAAGCUAGCAUCGAAGCCACUACAGAGUCUGGAUUGACGCCUCUACAUGUAGCAAGCUUCAUGGGGUGCAUGAACAUAGUAAUUUAUUUACUGCAACAUGCAGCUAGUCCCGAUAUACCGACAGUAAGAGGCGAAACGCCUUUGCAUUUAGCUGCCAGAGCGAAUCAGACUGAUAUUAUCAGGAUACUCCUUAGAAAUGGUGCCCAAGUUGAUGCCAGAGCAAGGGAGGAACAAACACCACUUCACGUUGCUUCCCGAUUGGGCAAUGUUGAUAUUGUAAUGUUAUUGCUUCAACACGGUGCCGAUGUAGAUGCUACAACGAAAGAUUUAUAUACACCACUUCAUAUUGCUGCUAAAGAAGGUCAAGAAGAGGUUGCAUCCGUUUUGUUAGAAAACGGCGCAUCGCUUACCGCAACGACCAAAAAGGGAUUUACUCCUUUACAUUUGGCAGCUAAAUAUGGUAACAUGAAUGUAGCAAGAUUGUUACUACAGAAGAAUGCACCAGUUGAUGCUCAAGGAAAGAAUGGAGUGACUCCGCUUCAUGUGGCAUCUCACUAUGAUCAUCAAAAUGUAGCAUUACUUUUACUUGAUAAGGGUGCAUCACCUCAUGCUAUGGCUAAAAAUGGUCAUACACCAUUACAUAUUGCUGCACGUAAGAAUCAGAUGGACAUUGCAACUACUUUAUUGGAAUACGGAGCAAAGGCAAAUGCGGAAUCAAAAGCAGGAUUUACGCCGCUACAUUUGAGUGCACAAGAAGGUCAUACUGAUAUGUCAACGCUUCUUAUUGAGCACAAAGCAGAUACAAAUCAUAAAGCAAAGAAUGGACUCACGCCGCUUCACCUGUGCGCACAAGAAGAUAAAGUUAAUGUUGCAUCUAUUCUCGUUAAAAAUGGUGCUCAGAUUGAUGCUAAAACAAAGGCUGGUUAUACUCCGUUACACGUGGCAGCUCAUUUUGGUCAAGCAGCUAUGGUACGAUUCCUUUUACGAUCUGGUGCAGUUGUUGACAGUAGUACGAAUGCUGGAUAUACUCCAUUGCAUCAAGCUGCUCAACAGGGUCACACGUUAGUGAUCAAUUUAUUGCUGGAGGGUAAAGCAAAACCGAACAAUACUACUAAUAAUGGACAAACUGCUUUGGAUAUUGCACAAAAACUUGGUUACAUUAGUGUCAUCGAAACAUUGAAAGUAGUUACAGAAACCGUCAUUACAACGACUCAUACUGUUACUAUUGAAGAAAAGUAUAGAGUACAAGCUCCUGAAUCAAUGCAAGAGACGUUCAUGAGCGAUAGCGAAGAUGAAGGAGGUGGUGAUGAAAUCGGCAUGGCAGCCAUGAAUGUGUACGGGCAGCCUCCACACGCGCAACACGUGUACCUUCCUUCUUACUACCAGGGCCAAAUGACCUAUACCCGUGAAGAUCCGAUGCUCAGCGACCAACAGCAAUAUCGAUACAUGACUGUUGACGACAUGAAGUCCAUGGGGGAUGAUUCGAUGCGUGUCAACGUGACGGACGACGAGAGAGACAAUCGGCAUUCCGGAGCACCGACGAUAACCGAGAUGAUCACAAAAGAAAAUUAUCAACGUACAAACGCUGCCAAUCUGAAACCAGACAAUGUUGAUAUUAAUAGGCACCCUGUUCACGUCGGAAUUCCACAGUGGAGAAACUUCCUGGUUUCCUUUCUGGUGGAUGCACGAGGUGGUGCGAUGCGUGGCUGCAGGCAUAGCGGUGUACGUGUGAUCGUCCCUCCAAGGAAAGCUGCGAUGCCUAUGCGCGUCACGUGCAGAUAUUUGAGAAGAGACAAAUUGACGAACCCACCGCCUUUGAUGGAAGGAGAAGCUCUUGCCAGUCGUAUCCUUGAGCUAGGACCUGUGGGUGCCAAAUUCUUAGGACCCGUCAUCAUAGAAGUACCACAUUUUGCUUCGUUGCGAGGAAAAGAACGAGAAAUAGUAAUACUUCGAUCGGAUAAUGGAGAAACUUGGCGCGAACACACCUUGGAAGCCAGCGAGGAGGCUGUCCAAGAUGUGCUUAACGAGAGCUUUGAAGGAGAAGAAUUAAGCCAGCUCGAGGAUCUCCAAACUUCCCGGAUCGUAAGGAUACUUACUGCAGACUUCCCACAUUACUUCGCAGUAGUGUCUCGCAUCAGGCAAGAGGUUCAUGCAGUUGGUCCAGAGGGUGGUACAGUUUCGUCAUCGGCUGUACCACAAGUUCAGGCUGUUUUCCCACCUGCAGCUCUUACUAAAAAAAUCAGAGUUGGACUGCAGGCACAUCCAAUACCAGCAGAUCUCGUAGCUAAACUGCUUGGUAACAGAGUGGCGGUAUCACCAAUCGUAACCGUUGAGCCAAGACGAAGAAAAUUCCACAAACCGAUAACCUUAACCAUACCCGUACCGCAAGCAGCCAACAAAGGCAUGAUCAAUCAAUAUUCAGGAGAUGCGCCAACGCUGAGACUUCUGUGCAGCAUAACUGGGGGUCAGUCUCGGGCAGUCUGGGAGGAUGUCACCGGUUCAACGCCAUUGACGUUCGUGAAAGAUUGUGUUUCCUUUACAACCACAGUGUCUGCUCGCUUCUGGUUAAUGGAUUGUCGGAAUAUAUCCGAAGCCACGAAAAUGGCUACGGAGCUAUACACACACGCGACACAUGUACCUUUUAUGGCUAAAUUUGUAGUAUUUGCAAAGCGAGUAGAUCCACUGGAAGCAAGGCUACGCGUAUUUUGUAUGACCGACGAUAAAGAAGAUAAGACCCUGGAAAAUCAAGAGCACUUUACGGAAGUGGCGAAGAGCCGGGACGUCGAGGUGCUGGAAGGUAAAACGCAGUAUAUGGAAUUUUCGGGUAACCUUGUGCCAGUUUUGAAGAGCGGCGAGCAGCUUCAAUUGCCGUUUAGAGCCUUCAAAGAGAACAGGGUUCCGUUCACGGCGAGAAUAAAGGAUCCAGAUGCUGCUGAUAUGAUGGGUCGAAUAAUGUUUAUGAGCGAACCAAAGGUUCCUAAGGGCGAAUUGCCUCAGACGCCGAUAUGCACGUUAAAUAUUUUAUUACCAGAGAAAAUUUCUCCGGAAUCUGCUGUCUCAGAAGUGGAUUUAUUAGAGCUCUCGAAAAAUUAUAGUUUUCUACGUGACGGUGGUAUAAGUCGCCCAGACACUAUUCACAGAGCAACUAUUCGGUUGACUGAUAUUGCAAAUUUGUUGGACAAAGACUGGGAAAAAUUGGCCGAGGAAUUAAAUAUUCCUCCGAACGAGGUGUCGACGAUUAAACAAGAAUAUGCUAACAAACCAGCUCAACAAGCUGCAGCGAUGCUUAAAGUUUGGCAGAGCAAUGGAAAUAAAGCUACCGGAAAUACUUUAGAAAAAGCAUUGAACAAAAUUGGCCGCGAGGAUAUUGUGAAAAAAUGUAUAUUCAACGUCGAAUUGGUUACUGAUGACGUAGAGAAAGCUGUUGCGAGAGUUCGAUUAGAUCAACCUGGAUUUGAUUCUUUGAAAGAAGAAUUGGGUCCUUCAAGGGACACUUCUCUUCGUCGCGACGCGACGAUGGAUCCAAAGAUGAAUCCUGAUUACGAUGACUACAACAAAAGCAAGGAGUCUGAAUCUUUGGAAGACCUCAAUAUCAGUGGCACUAAACGAGACACAUCGAAACAGCAUGUCACAAUCACAAAUGGCACUGUAUUCAAUGGAACCUCGACCCCCAUCAAAGAUAAAUACGCAAGCGAGGAAAAAGAACUAGGGGAUGUAAUGGCCGAUUUUCUUGAGCACAAAUGUCACGUUGCCGAUACGAUGAGCAAAAAGUUACGCGAUGAACUUGAUGACAAAGAUAAAAAACGACAGAGGGUGAUCGCAGAUGCCAACAAAAUAGUUUCUGGUGUAAUAGCAGACGCAGAGAAAGAGAAGGGGAAGUUAGCGAAGGAAGGGUGGUCGGUGGUUUGUGAUGAUGAUGAUGCGCGGGACAAUAAAGAGGCAAGAGGUGCUGUAGUUCAAAGUUUUGUUAGGGAUCAAUUCAUUGACAAAGAACCUAAGGAUAAGGGCGUUAAGCCCAGUAAGAUCAUUAUCGAUCAAGCGCCAGUCGUCGAGCCGACUAUAAUUAAGCAACGUUUCGUUCGCGAUGGGAAGGGAGAUUCUAACGUUACGAUCGUUGCAUCGAAAACUAUAGUUUCAGUGACCGACAGCAAAGCAGGUGAGCAACCUGUGAUUAAGCACACUGUCACAGUGAAAGAAAUUGACCAAACGGUACCCACGGAUACGGUGACGAUCUCCAAUGGUAGACAAAGUAUCGUGAGCAAGAAGGAAAUGUCGUCUAAAGAAGGUAAGGAAAUUGACGAGAAAUUAACAACUCCUAGUAUAGGUGUGACGAAACCGAGUACGAAGGUGCCAGAGAAAGCUAAAGAAGCUCUGCGAGACGAACAGAGGCAACAGUCACCGAAAGAGACUGUUGCGAAAGACAACAUUCCAAAAGAAACGAAACCUGCAGUUGAUAAGCAAGUAUCUGCUUACGAGAGCGUUUACAGCGUACAGUACCCACCUGCACAGCCGGACGAAAAGCAAGAGGACGAAUCGAAGAAGUCGAAGGAUAAAAGUGGAGGUAUACUUUCAGGCAUUUUUAAGGGAUCCAAGCUUAAAAAGAGCAAAUCGAAAGGAUCGAAGGAUACGUCGUUUGAUAGUGGAGACGAAGAAGUAAAAGUACCUGCACCUACGGAACAUCAAACGCAACAGCCGGCUCCUGUCAUACAAGAGUCACACGUAUCUUUGAAACCUACUGAGCCUACCACCGGGUUUGACGUUAAGUUAGUUACAAUGCAAUUUUUAGAUGAAUCCAGACGAGUUGCUUCUGAUGUCCAUGUACCUGAUAGCACCGUGACUUCAAUUCGAAUCGAGGAGAAAGACGAGGCAAAAGUAGCAACUAAGGAACCAGAUGAUCGCACUGCAACUAUGGCGAGUGAUUCUAGCGAUCAAGAGAAGGAGAAGGGUAGUGGUUUCUUUGGUAUAUUCAAGAGUCCAAAAUCGAAAGAUAAGAAGUUGAAGAAAGGCAAGGAAGCGUCGUUCGAUAGCGGCGAUGAAGAGCUUCGGAUCACUACGGAGAAAUUCUUAGAUGAUACCAGAAAAAUAGCCGACUCCACGAUUAUAGCUCCUGUUCCCAAAGUCGACGGUAAACAAGACUUGUACACGUUCACGUCACCGGUUCUCUACGAUGAAGAUACACCCAGAGACAAAAUAAACGGGCAUUCCUACGACAUUUCAGAGAUGCAAAAGAAAUUGGAGUUGGAUAGGAGUACUCCACACAAGGAAAUGAACGGGAAACCGGAGCCCAAGAAGCACAAAGACCAGAAAGAACGAAGCAUAGAAAGACACGCUGACAUAAAGGCAGAUUCUCCAGAGAAACGAGCAGAGAGCGAGAAAGAACAAGACGAAGAAGGCAAAGAUAGGAGUGGUGGUUUCUUUAGCAUGUUUAAGAGUCCAAAACUGAAAAGUAAGAAGAGAAGUUCAUCCAGGGAGAAGAGCUCCUCGAAGGAAACAUCUUUUGACAGUGGAGACGAAGAAACGCGACAGUUAACAGCCAAUUUCCUGGAAGACACGAAAAAGGUCGCAGACGCUAUGCACCGUGAAGGAUCAAAACAAAUUGCUGAGAAAAUUAUGCCCGAUAUGAUUCCCGAUGCACCCACGGAAUCCGUGGACAAAGAGAAGGGAAGUGGGAUCUUCACUAAAUUCCGAAGUCCGAAAUUAAUCAGAUCGUCACGAAGCAGAUCUCGUGAGAAGAGCACACCACCGCAGGAGGCAAUAGUAAGCCCAGAUAGUACACUCCGUGAAGCAACCGCGAAAUUCCUGGAAGAUACGAGGAACAUUGCAAAUGUGACAUUGGAUGUACCAGAUAAAGUUGACGAUGUCAAACAAGCGAAGGACAAAGUGACAAUAGAGGUCACUCAAGACAUCGAUGAUGCGAAGAAGAGGAUAUCCUCAGGAAUAGACGCAGUUGUAGACGAUGCAGAGGCGGCAAAGGAUAAAGCUGCAAAAGAAGCUAAGAAGGCUAAAGAGAAGACCGGUGGCUUCCUAUCUGGACUAUUCAAAGGUGUAAAACAUGCAGCAGAUGACGUUACCGAUGACGUUAAAGACACUCUUGAUGAAACAAAGAGAGAAGUCUCUGAAGGAAAGGAUCGUGCACAGGAAGCAGUCGAAGGGAAAUUGAAGGACAUAGAUGCAGCUAAAGACAAGGUAGCUUCAGAAGUGAAAGACGGUAAGGAUAAAAUAGCACUCACUGCUAAGGACACUAAAGAUACGAUCACUGGAAAAAUAUCUGGAGUUGCGCAGAAGGUAUCAGAUACUGGCAAAGCAGUUGGUGAGAAAGUAGUCGAUGGAGCAAAGCAUGUUGGAGAGAAGGUGGACACUACGGUUCAUGACGUAGCUGAUGGCAUGAAAGCUGCGAAGGAUAAAACAGCUGCAAAAGCGAAGGAUGCUAAGGAUGCAGUUGUUGCGGGUGCAAAAGACACGAAAGACAAAGUUAGCGAGAAGGUAUCUGAAGGUGCACAGAAGGUAUCAGACACGGGUAAAGCAGUUACUGGCAAGGUAGUGGAAGGAGUGAAGGAUAUCGAGGCUAAAGCCGAGUCAGCUUCACGAAGCGUGGCUGAUGGCGCGAAAGCAACGAAAGACAAGGUAGCCAAGGAGGUGAAGGAGGACACUGAAAUAGCGAAACAAAAGAUAUCAUCCGGAAUCGAUGCAGUGGUAGAUGGCGCAGCAGCUGCAAAAGAUAAGACUGCCAAGGAAGCUAAGAAAGCCAAGGAGAAGACUGGUGGUUUCCUUUCAGGAUUCUUCAGAAGCGCAAAGCACGCGGCAGAUGAAGUUUCCGAAGAAGUCAAGGACUUCGUCGACGAUACAAAGAAGGAGGCUGCGGAAGAGGAAGCUCGUGCACGCGAAGCAGCAGCGGGAAAGUUGAAGGACAUCGAUGCAGCUAAGGACAAAGUUGUUACGGAAGCCAAGGAUGCGAAAGACAGGAUAACAACCACCGUGAAAGAUGCCAAGGAUACGGUAGGUGAGAAGGUAUCCGAAGCUGCACAGAAGGUAUCAGACGCUGGUAAAGCAGUCGGUGAGAAAGCAGCUGAUAAAGCCAAGCGUAUCGAAGGAAGAACAGAAGCCACGGUGUAUGGUGUAGCUGAGGGUGUAGCAGCAGCGAAGGACAAAGCAGUUGCAAAGGCGAAAGAUGCUAAAGAUACAAUCGUAGUAGCCGCGAAAGACACAAAAGACAAAGUCAGUGAGAAGGUAACAGACGGUGCCCAGAAAGUGAAAGACACAGGUAAGGCUGUUAGCGACAAAAUCGUUGAAGGAGCAAAGGAUGCCGAAGCGAGAGCCGAGGCAGCUGCACGAGGGGUGGCUGAUGGUGCCAAAGCAGCCAAAGAUAAGGCAGCUAAGGAGAUCAAAGAAGACACCGAAGCAGUGAAACACAAGGUAACAUCUGGAAUAGACACGGUAGUAGAUAGCGCAGCUGCAGCGAAAGAUAAGGCAGCAAAAGAAGCUAAAAAGGCUAAGGAAAAGACUGGUGGUUUCCUUUCUGGCUUGUUCAAGGGUGCGAAGCACACUGCGGAUGAAGUUUCAGGAGAUGUCAAGGAGUUUCUCGAUGAAACUAAGAAGGAAGCAGCCGAGGAGGAAGCACGAGCUCGCGAAGCAGCCGCAGGAAAGUUAAAGGACAUUGACGCAGCAAAAGACAAAGCAGCUGCUGAUUUAAAAGAUAAGAAAGAUAAAGUUACAGGCGUUAUCAUAGAUACCAAGGAUAAAAUCGGCGAGAAAGCAUCUGAUACUGUUCAGAAGGUACAAGACACCGGUAAAGCUGUAGGUGAGAAAGUAGUGGAUGGAGUCAAAGUAAUUGGGAAAACCGCGGAUGCUACUGCUGAACGAGUAGUCGACGGUGCGAAGGCAGCCAAGGAUAAAGUAACAGCAGCUAAGGACAAGGUAGCAGCAGAUGCGAAAGACGUCAAAGACAAAGCUGCAACUGCUGUCAAAGACACCAAAGACAAAGUCAGCGAAACCGUGUCCGAGGGAGCACAGAAGGUAUCAGACACUGGUAAAGCGAUCGGAGAGAGAGUUACAGAUGGUGUAGAUAAAAUUAAAGACAAAGCAGGAGCAGCUGCUCACGAAGUGGCUGAUAGCACGAAAGCAGCAAAGGACAAAGUAGCUAAGGAAAUUCAAGACGAUGCUGAUGCCGCGAAGCGGAAGAUUUCAUCAGGAAUAGACGCAGUUGUAGAUGGCACAAGCGCAGCAAAGGAUAAAGCAGCAAAAGAGGCUAAAAAGGCUAAAGAGAAGGCUGGUGGUUUUCUCUCAGGACUGUUCAAGGGUGCGAAGCACACAGCAGAUGAAGUUUCAGACGAUGUUAAGGACUUCCUUCAUGAGACGAAAAGGGAAGCGUCAGAGGAGAAAGCUCGCCUGCAAGACGCAGCGGAUGCUAAGUUGAAAGAUGUCGAAGCAGCAAAAGACAAAGCAGCUGCUGAUCUAAAAGAUAAGAAAGAUAAAGUUACAGGUGUUAUCAUAGAUACCAAGGAUAAAAUCGGCGAGAAAGCAUCUGACACUGUUCAGAAGGUACAAGACACCGGUAAAGCUGUAGGUGAGAAAGUAGUGGAUGGAGUCAAAGUAAUUGGUAAAACCGCGGAUGCUACUGCUGAACGAGUAGUUGACGGUGCGAAGGCAGCUAAGGACAAGGUAGCAGCGGAUGUGAAAGACGUUAAAGACAAAGCUGCAACUGCUGUCAAAGACACCAAAGACAAAGUCAGCGAAACCGUCUCCGAGGGAGCCCAGAAGGUAUCAGACACUGGUAAAGCGAUUGGAGAGAAAGUUACAGAUAGCGUGGAUAAAAUUAAAGACAAAGCAGGAGCAGCUGCUCACGAAGUAGCUGAUAGCACCAAAGCAGCCAAAGAUAAAGUGGCUAAGGAGAUCAAAGAAGAUACCGAAGCAGUGAAACACAAGGUAACAUCUGGAAUAGACACGGUAGUAGACAGCGCAGCUGCAGCAAAGGAUAAAGCAGCAAAGGAGGCUAAAAAGGCUAAAGAGAAGACUGGUGGUUUUCUAUCAGGACUUUUCAAAGGUGCGAAGCACACAGCAGAUGAAGUUUCAGACGAUGUCAAGGACUUCCUAGAUGAAACGAAAAGGGAAGCGUCAGAGGAGAAAACCCGUCUGCAAGACACAGCAGAUGCUAAGUUGAAGGAUGUGGAAGCUGCAAAAGAUAAGGCGGCUGUAGAAAUGAAGGACACGAAAGAUAAAGUUGCAACUGCUGCGAAGGAUGCAAAGGAUACAGUCUUCGCGAAGGUAUCCGAUGUUACUCAAAAGGUAUCUGAUGCUGGCAAAGCUGCUGGCGAGAAAGUGGCUGACGGAGUAAAACGAGCCGAGGAAAAGACGGAAACUGCUGCUCGCGGAAUAGUAGAUGGCGCUAAGGAGGCGAAAGACAAAGCAGCUGCAGAUUUGAAGGAUGCAGCAGGCAAAGUCGCCACCACUGCGAAAGAUACCAAGGAUAAAGUCAGCGAAAAGGUAGCCGAAGGUGCGCAGAUGGUAACCGAUACCGGCAAAGCAGUUGGUGACAAAAUGGCGAAGGGAGUGAAAGACGCUGAAGCGAAAAUGGAAGCAACCGCGCACGGGGUAGCUGACAGUGCGAAGACAGCGAAGGAUAAAGUAGCAAAAGAAAUCAAGGAAGAUGCUGACGCUGUAAAGCAAAAGGUUUCUUCGGGUAUAGACACAGUUGUAGAUGGCGCAGCUACCACGAAGGAUAAGGCUAGCAAGGAAGCGAAAAAGGUGAAGGAAAAGGCAGGUGGUUUCCUCUCGGGAUUCUUCAAGAGUGCCAAACACGCGGCUGAUGAAGUUUCCGACGAUGUCAAAGACUUCGUUGACGAGACAAAGAAGGAAGCUGCCAAGGAAGAAACUCGAGCACGCGACGCAAUGGCGCAGAAGUUGAAAGACGUCGAUGCGGUGAAAGACAAAGCAGUCGCGGAUGUGAAAGACGCGAAGGACAAAGCGGCUGUGGCCAUUAAAGACACGAAAGACAAAACCAGCGAGAAAGUAGCCGACGGUGCACAAAGAGUAUCCGAUGUUGACAAGGCUGUUGGUGAAAAGGUGGUAGACGGAGUAAAACGGGCUGAACAAAAGAUAGACUCGACUACAAAAGAUGCAACUGAUACUUUGAGAGCGGCAAAGAAUAAAGCAACCGCUGAUGUCUCGGAUGUUAAAGAUAAAAUUACAACGACUGUCAAAGAUACAAGGGACAAGGUUAGCGAGAAAGUGAGCGAAGGUACUCAGAAGGUGUCAGAUGCUGGUAAGGCUGUAGGGGAAAAGGUAACGGAUACUGUAAGGAAAGCUGAGGACAAAGCUGGGGAAACUAUGCACGGCGUAGCUACUGGCGUAAAAACAACAAAAGAUAGACUGACACAGGAGAUUAAAGAGGACACCGAAGCUGCAAAACGAAAGGUAUCAUCUGGAAUAGAUACAGUUAUGGACAGUGCAGCAGCAGCGAAAGACAAGGCUGCGAAAGAAGCGAAAAAGGCUAAAGAGAAAGGCAGUGGUUUCCUUUCUGGACUAUUCAAAGGAGCUAAACAUUCGACGGAGGAUAUUUCAACUGACGUUACGGACGUUAAGAAUUUCCUCGAUGAAGCAAAGAGGGAAGCCUCUGAGGAGAAAGCUCUUGCACACGAAGAAAUGGAAAGGAAGCUGGAAGAUGUGUUCACAGGAAAGGACAAAGCAGUUGCAGACGUAAAGGAUAGAAAAGAUAAGAUUGCAUCAUCCGUCAAGGACAUGAAAGAUAAGGCUGGAUCAAAAAUCUUCGAUGGCUUGCAGAAAGUGUCAGAUGCGGGUAAAGCUGUUGGUGAAAAAUUGGAAGAUGGCGUGAAACACACUGGAGAGAAAAUAGAAACUACAACCAGAGAUGUAGCUGACAGCGCAAAGGCAGCGAAAGACAAAGUGGUAACGGACAUAAAGGAUGCCAAGGAUAAAACUGCAGCAGCUGUGAAGGAUACUAAGGACCAACUUGGUGAGAAAAUAACAGAAGGUUCGCAGAAAAUAUCAGAUACCGGUAAGAAGGUAGAAGAGAAGAUAGUAAGUGGUGCAAAGACAGCCGGUGAUAAAGCGAAGGCGUCUGCUCACGAGGUAGCCGAAGGUGCAAAGAUGGCUAAAGAUAAACUAGAGAAAGAGGUUAAAGAAGAUACCGCCGCAGUGAAACAAACAGUUUCAUCGGGUGUUGAUGCAGUUACAGAUGGUGCAGAUGCAGCUAAAGAGAAGGUCACAAAGGAAGCAAAGAAAGCUAAGGAAAAGGGUGGAGGUUUCCUCUCAGGCCUGUUCAAAGGCGCAAAACAUGCAGCAGAAGAGGUUUCUGAAGAGGUGAAAGAAUUCUUUGAUGAAACAAAGAAGGAAGCAGCGAAAGAAGAAGCACGUGCUCGUGAAUCCAUGGAAAAAACUGUGAAAGACGUGGAUACGGCAAAGGAGAAAGCAGUUGCAGAUGUAAAGGACACGAAGGAUAAGGUGACCUUCGCUGUAAAAGACACCAAGGACAAGGUUAGUGAAAAAAUAUCUGAUGGCGUUAAAACAGUAACAGAUGCAGGGAGAACUGUUGGAGAUAAGAUAGCUGAUGGCACAAAGCAGGCAGAAGCUAAAACAGAAGCUGCUGCGCUAGAGCUAACUGACGGCGUGAAAACAGCAAAAGACAAACUAGUUACAAGUGCAAAAGAUACUACACAGACACUGGCAACUGCUGCAAAGGACACGAAAGACAAAAUCACAGAGAAAGCAUCGGAAGGAGCACAAAAGGUAACAGACACUACCAAAACAAUUGGAGAAAAAGUUGUAGAUGGCGUAGAAAAAGCUAAAGGCAAAGCAGAAGUAGCCGCUCAUGGAGUAGCUGAUGCUGCUAAAACAACAAAGGACAAAGCAGCCAAGGAAAUUAAGGAAGAUGUCGAUACCGUGAAGCAAACAGUGUCGUCUGGAAUAGACGCAGUGGCAGAUAGCGCAGCCUCAGCCAAGGACAAAGCUGCUAAAGAAGCUAAGAAAGCGAAGGAAAAGGGUAGUGGUUUCCUUUCAGGAUUAUUCAAAGGUGUCAAACAUGCUGCAGAUGAAGUUUCAGAUGAUGUAAAGGACUUCCUUGAUGAAACGAAAAGGGAAGCAUCAGAAGAGAAAACCCGUCUGCAAGAUGCAACGGAUGCUAAGUUGAAGGACAUCGAAGCAGCUAAAGACAAAGCAGCUGCGGAAGUAAAAGACACGAAAGAUAAAGUUGCAACUGCCGCAAAGGACACAAAGGAUACAAUCUUCUCGAAGGUAUCUGAUGUUACACAGAAGGUUUCAGACGCUGGAAAGGCCGUUGGUGAGAAAAUCACUGACGAAACGAAGCGUGCAGCAGAGAAGACCGAUACUAAAAUUCAAGAACUAGCUGAUGACGCGAAAGCAACAAAGGAUAAAGCCACUGCUGAGAUUAAGGAUGCUAAAGACAAAGUAACGGCAACUGCUAAGGGUACAGUAGACACGAUUAGCGAAAAGGUGGCUGAUGGUAAACAAAAAGUAUCAGAGACUGGGAAAGCUGUUGGAGAAGGUAUCGUGGAUGGUGUCAAAAAGGCUGAAGGUAAAGUAGAAGCAGUUGCAGUAGACGUAGCUACAGGUGCAAAAGCAGCGAAGGACAAAGUAGCAACCGAAAUUAAGAAAGAUGCCGAAGCUGUGAAGCAGAAAGUUUCUUCAGGCAUAGACACAGCUGCAGACAGUGCAGCCUCGGCAAAGGACAAAGUCGCCAAGGAAGCUAAGAAAGCCAAGGAAAAGGGUGGUGGAUUCCUUUCUGGAUUGUUUAAGAGCGCUAAGCACGCUGCAGAUGAAGUUUCGGAAGAUGUCAAAGAAUUCGUUGAUGAUACGAAGAAGGAAGCUGCUGCGGAAGAAGUUCGUACUCGAGAAGCAGUAGCAGGAAAGCUUAAAGACCUCGACGCAGCGAAAGAUAAAGCAGCAGCUGACGUGAAAGAUGCAAAAGAUAAAGUUGCAGGUGCUGUUUUGGAGACCAAGGAUAAAGUCGGUGAGAAAGUAUCUGGUACUAUGCAUAAGGUUUCAGAUGCUGGUAAGGCAUUCGGCGAGAAAGUCUCAGACGGCGUGAAGGAUGCCGGAGCGAAAGUGGAAGUAGCAGCCAAAGAUUUAGCUGCCGGUACAGAAACAGCAAAGGACAAGAUCGCUGCAGAUGUAAAAGACGUUAAGGAUAAAACCGCGUCUGUAGUAAAAGACGCCAAGGAUAAAACCGCGUCUGCAGUAAAAGACGCCAAGGAUAAGGUCAGUGACACCGUGUCUGAGGGCGCACAGAAGGUUUCAGACACGGGUAAACUAAUUGGAGAAAAAGUUGUAGAUAGCGCGAAGAAAAUUGAAGACAAAGCUGAGAAGACUGCCCAUGAAAUAUCUAGCGGAGCUAAAACAGCAAAAGACACGGUAGUCAAAGAAAUCAAAGAUGACGCUGACGCAGUUAAACAGAAAGUGUCAGCAGCGAUGGACUCAGUUGCAGAUAGUGCAACGUCUGCCAAAGAUAAAGCUGCGAAAGAAGCAAAGAAAGCCAAGGAGAAAGGUAGUGGCUUCCUUUCGGGAUUAUUCAAAGGCGCAAAAUACUCUGCAGAUGAAGUUUCAGGAGAUGUGAAGGAUUUCCUCGAGGAAACGAAGAAGGAAGCUACAGAAGAGAAAGUCCGGCUGCAAGGAGCAGUAGAAGAGAAAAUGAAAGAUAUCGAUGCAGCGAAGGAUAAAGCUGUAGCGGAUGUAAAGGAUGCAAAGCAGAAAGUUGCAGGUGCUGUAGAAGAUGCAAAGGACAAAGUGAGUGGAAAAAUAUCUGAGGGUAUAGAGAAAAUAUCAGACGCGCGUAGAGCUGCUGGAGACAAAGUCGUUGAUGCUGCAAUGCAUGUCGAAACGAAGACGAAAGCAGCAGUUGGUGAAGCAGCUGAUGGUGUCAAAUCAACUAAAGAUAAAGUAAUUUCAGAUCUGAAAGAUGUUAAGGACAAAGUUGGAACUGCUACAAAAGAUACUAAGGAUCAAAUUAGCGACAAAGUGGUGACUGGUACACAAAUGUUAUCCGAUGCUGGCAAAACGUUAGGAGAAAAAGUUACCGAUGGAGUGAAGAAAGCUGAGGAUAAAACAGCCGCUGUUGCUCAAGAUAUUGCAAGCAGUGCGAAAACAGCGAAAGACAAAGCUGCGAAGGAGAUCAAGGAAGACACUGAUAUCGUGAAACAGAAGAUAUCGUCUAGCGUGGAAUCAGUAACAGAUGGAGCUGCGACUACAAAGGAUGCAGUUGCAAAGGAAGCUAAAAAGGCCAAAGAGAAAGGCAGUGGUUUCCUUUCUGGAUUAUUUAAAGGAGCCAAACACGCUGCAGACGAAGUUUCCGGAGAAGUCAAGGAAUUCCUGGACGAAACGAAAAAGGAAGCUGCCGAAGAAGAAGCUCGUGCUCGAGAAGUAGUGGCAGAGAAAGCAAAGGACGUUGAUGCGAUGAAAGACAAAGGCGUAACAAUUAUAAAAGAUACGAAGGAUAAAGUAGUAUCAGGAGUGAAAGAUACCAAGGAUAAGGUUAGCGACAAGGUAUCCGAUGGCAUGCAGAAGGUAUCCGAUGCUGGUAAAUCUGUUGGAGAAAAAGUAACAGACGGUGUGAAACAAAUUGGCACAGCUGCGGAUGCCACUGCGCAACAAGUAGCAGAUAGUGCAAAGGCAGCGAAAGAUAAAGUCUCUGCUGAUGCAAAGGACAUUAAAGAUAAAGCUGCGGCUUCGGCGAAGGAUGCUAAAGAUAAAAUCGCUGAGAAAGUAGUUGAAGGUGCACAGAAGGUGUCAGAUGCUGGGAAAGCAGUUGGAGAAAAAGCUGCAGAUGGAGUAGAAAAGGCCAAGGAUAAAAUUGGAACAGCUGCACAUGAAAUAGCUGCAGAAACGAAAGAAGUUAAAGGUAAAGUAUCUAAAGAGAUUCAUGACGACGCUGAAGCUAUAAAACAAAAAGUUUCGUCAGGAGCAGCUGCAGUUGUAGAUGGCGCAGCUUCAGCGAAGGAUAAAGCAACGAAGGAAGCUAAGAAAGCUAAAGAAAAGGGAAGCGGCUUCCUGACAGGACUGUUCAAAGGUGCGAAACAUACUGCUGAUGAAGUUUCUGACGAAGUUAAAGAAUUUCUCGACGUGACUAAGAAGGAAGCAGCCGAAGAGGAAGCCAGAGCUCGCGAAGCAAUGGCAGAGAAGUUGAAGGACGUUGACGCGGCAAAGGACAAGGCAGCUGCAGAAGCAAGAGAUACCAAGGACAAAGUAGCAACUGCUGUGAAGGAUGCUAAAGAUACGGUCAGUGAGAAAGUAUCUGAAACUGCGCAAAAGGUGUCAGAUGCUGGGAAAGCCGUUAGCGAGAAGGUAGUUGAUGGCGUGAAGCGAGCUGAAGAACAGGCAGAUGCUACAGUUCAUGGUAUAGUUGAUGGUGCAAAAGCAGCAAAAGACAAAGCUGUAACGGAUGCGAAAGACGCUAAAGAUAAAGUUGCAUCUGCUGCAAAAGAUACCAAGGAUAAAAUCAGUGAGAAAGUAUCUGAAGGAGCUCAAAAGAUCUCAGAAGCUGGUAAAGCAGUAGGAGAUACAGUGGUAGGUGGCAUCAAGAAAGCUGAAGAUAAAACACAAGCAGUGGCACAAGACAUAGCUGGUGGUGCAAAAGCAGCAAAGGACAAAGUAACAACGGAAGUUAAGAAAGAUACGGAAGUCGUAAAACAGAAAGUUUCAACGGGCAUAGACACAGCUGUGGACGGUGCAGCAUCUGCAAAAGACAAAGUUGCAAAGGAAGCUAAAAAGGCCAAGGAAAAGGGUGGUGGAUUCCUUUCUGGGUUAUUCAAGAGCGCCAAGCAUGCUGCAGAUGAAGUUUCAGAGGAUGUCAAGGAAUUCUUUGAUGAGACAAAGAAGGAAGCUGCUGAAGAGGAAGCUCGUGCUCGCGAAGCUAUGUCAGAGAAAGCCAAAGACAUUGGCGCAGCGAAAGAUAAAGCAGUUGCAGAUUUAAAGGAUACAAAAGAUAAGAUGAAAACUACCAUGAAGGACACCAAGGAUUCAGUUGUAGGAAAACUAUCUGAGGGAGUACAAAAGGUGUCAGAUGCAGGUAAAACCGUCAGUGGCAAAGUCGUUGACGGAGUGAAAGUAGUAGAAGCAAAAACUGAAGAAGCUGCUCAUGGCGUUGCUGGAGGUGCCAAGGCAACCAAGGAUAAGGUAGUUACCGGUGCAAAGGAUAUUAAGGACACAGUUACAACUGCUACUAAAGAUGCCAAAGUGAGUGUCAGUGAAAAGAUAUCUGCAAGUGCACAGAAAGUAUCAGAUGCAGGAAAAUUUGUGUCCGAUAAGCUUACCGAUGGUGCCAAACAAACAGGAGCUAAAGCAGAAGCAUUUACUAAAGAGGUAACAGAUGGUGCCAAAGCAACAAAGGAUAAAUUAUCAGACGAAAUUAAACACGAUACCGAGGUUGUCAAAGAAACCGUUUCUUCUGGAAUACAUGCGGUGGCAGAUGGCGCUGCUGCGACAAAAGAUAAGGCUGCAAAGGAAGCUAAAAAGGCUAAAGAGAAGACCGGUGGUUUCCUAUCAGGAUUGAUAAAAGGUGUAAAGCAUACAGCGGAUGAUGUUUCCGACGAGGUUAAGGAAUUUCUUGACGAAACAAAGAAAGAGGCUGCUGAAGAAGAGACACGCGCUCGUGAAGCAGUUGCUGGUAAGGUGAAAGAAGUUGACGCGGCGAAACAACAAGCUGAGGCCGACAUGGAAGCUGCUAAAGAUAAAGUUGCAGCUGGUGUGAAAGAUACCAAGGAUAAAGUCAGCGAGAAAGUAACCGGUACUGUACAAAUGAUGUCAGAUACCGGUAAAGCUGUGACUGAUAAAGUCAUUAGUGGAGUGAAAGGCGUGGAAGCAAAGACAGAAACUGCUGCUCGAGAAAUUAGCGAAGGUGCCAAAGCAACUAAAGACAAAGUAGCUGGAGACAUGAAAGGUGCCGGGGAGAAAGUUGCAACUGCAACAAAGGAUACGAAAGAUAAGGUCAGUGAAAAGGUGUCUGGUACUGCCCAAGCGAUAGCAGACACCAGCAGACUUUUAGGCGCAACAGUUGCUGAUGGAGUAAAGAAAACAGAGGCAAAAGUAGAAACAGCUGCUCAAAGCGUGGCUAAUGGUGCAAAGUCAGCGAAAGACAAGUUGACCAAAGAAAUCAAAGAGGAUACAUCAAUCGUGAAACAGAAAGUUGCUUCUGGAGUGGACACGAUUGUAGAUGGCGCGAAAACAGCUAAGGACAAGGCUUCGAAGGAGGGUAAGAAAGUGAAAGAAAAAAGCGGAGGCUUCUUUUCUGGUUUAAUUAAAAGCGCAAAGCACGCUGCCGAUGAAAUUUCUGGAGAUGUUAAAGAGUUUGUUGAUGAAACGAAGAAGGAGGCUGUAGAAGAAGAAGCUCGCGUUCGCGGAGCAGUCUCAGAGAAAAUGAAGGACGUUGACGCUGCUGCAGAUAAACUUGCGGCAGAUGUAAGAACUACCAAGGACAAGGUUAAAACAGGCGCGAAGGAUGCAAAAGCUGCAGCUAGUGCGAAAGUAUCUGAUGGUGUACAGAUGGUAUCAGACACUGGCAAAGCUGUUGGCGAAAAAGUAUCAGAUGGCGCGAAACACACUGUAGAAUUUAUGGGAAGCACUACUCAAGAAAUAGUUACCGGUGCACAAAGAGCAUCUGACGCUGGAAGAUCCUUUGGAGAUAAAUUAUCGACUCAAGUAGAACAGAAUUUUGUUAUAACCGGUAGUGACAUGAAAGGCAGUCUGAGUGACUUUCUGGAAGAGAUGAAACGCGACUCUGCUUGGGACAAAGGACAUUUUCAAGAUAAACCAGAUGUUCAUGUGUACGAAAACGUAGAUACAUCGACGUUCGUUCGAGAGAUGAAACCAGAAUUGAAAGGAGUACCGAUUCCAAAACAUGGGAGAGAUAUAAAGUCUACGACAGAAACUAUUACUUCCUCAGUUUUCGAUACAUAUGAUCCAUUUUCUGGCUUAGGUUCCGAAGCACAGAUUAGACUCUCCGAAGUAAGAGACGAUGAUCGUGCCAGCGAAUCAAAAUCCAAGAAAGUAUCUCGCAUUCCACAAAAAGUUAGUUCCUCUAAAGACCGAAUAGUUAGCACUAGUAGUUCAACGGAUAGUACAGUUAGGGUAGUAAACGUAUUUAGCGAAAUAGAGCACCUCGAGCCUCACACACGACAGACCGUCACCACAGUCGUAACAAAGUCUGUGCGGACGGCAGCGACCCCACCACCCAGUCCCGCCGAGUACACUGACAGUAGAAUUGAAGAUGUUACCGAGGAGGCAGCAAGGCGAGCCCAGAACCUAGCUGAUCAGGCACAAUCAUUGGCUAAAUCAGGGCAUGAUUCGGCUGAGAUUGAUGGGACUGUAGAGAGGCAUGCUACUUCUGCUCCAACAAAGCAACCUGUUCCCGCCCCGCGACACUCUACCAGGUCGUCCAAAACAGACUUUCAUCUAGACUUGGGAGAUACCUCCUGCACGCCGUACAGUCCCAAGUUUAAGACAAAGGAGCCGCCAAAAGAUGAAUAUUCUCCAGAAAAGAGCAGCCCGAAAAGUAAAAUACCUGUAAAAGUAAAAAAAUCUAUAGAAAAUGAAAAAAUGAUGAGCAAACUAACAACAAGCGCUGAGUCUGACCUCGAAAAAACGAAAAAAUUAGAUGAGCUGGAAUUAACAAUGGAUCCUCUCAUUAUUAAGUCAGUAGGUGUCACAGAACACUCUGAGAAGUUGCUCGAAGAGUUGUCAGAGAAAUCACUUUGCGAGAAAGAAGCACGACAGCUGGAAGAGGAUAAAGAGAAAAGUGACUCGAUAAAGCCCGAAGUGUCGAAUGAAACACAAACGACGACAACCAUUGUGGACACACGUGCCAAGUUGCUCGAUUCCGGAAAAUUCGAGCAGACAGGUGAAACCAUAAAAAGAAUAGAGACUGUAACGAUGACAACAAAAGAAGAUCAAAGAAGUGAAACGGACAUUGUUAGACCGGAUACAUUCAUCACAAAAGAGACUAAAACUUUAGAGAAUUUCCCGCUUGGUAUUGAUGACACGACACAUACGACGAUAUCCAAGGUACAGAAAAGCAUCACGGACGAGGUAGUAUCAACUGAGACGGUGAUAAAGACAGUGACGACUGUACGGUGCAUCGCAACGGAGUCAUUUGGCACAGGACAGACUGAGCGAAUCGUGCGAACGGUGACAUCUAGUGGUGAUUACGGGGACAUACCGAUGCCUGUUGUAAGACAGCUACAAGGUCACGAGGCGAUGCCGUUCAAUAUUGACCAGUUAUCAUCAAAGAUAAUAAAGAGCACUACCGAAUCUGAGCCGUGGGCACAUGGCAGCCUGGCAGAUCGUUCUUUCCUGAACGAUGAUAAAGUAGAGCAAUGGGAGAGCCAGCUCUCUCAGGACACGUCGCCCGGCUCUGGUAAUGGCGACAUCUAUACUAAAAGUGGUAGCUCACGGCAUUACUUAAACAGCGACACUGAUAGUGACGGUUCACCACAAUCGAGAAGAUCACCAUGCAAGAGGUGUACAUUGGGCAGUUCCAGCGGGUCUGAUGUAGCACUGCACGAAGGUGCGGAGCUGUCCCCGUUGGAGGACGACCAAGGUACCGCACUCACAGCUAACCUUCUAAAAUCUGACUUUUUGCAACUUAGCGAGCCAUCCUACGUGGAAACGACAACGACAGAAGAGGACCCUGAAACUCAGGAAAGAAUAACGAGAACUGUACAAGUAAUUACAACGACCAGCGGAACCGCCAGUGGUCCAGACGAAUUGCGAGAGUCCAUGCAGAAGAUCGUCGAUCGAUUCAUGAUGGAGGAAAGGCGAGAUCAGUGAAGCACCAAGGGUCUUAUGGGCGAAUAUAGAAAUAAAAAAGAAUUCUUCGUCAUCCGAUAAUCGUGCAUAAUAAAAAAAGAAAAAUAUCGAAAAAGAUUCUGUAGCACUAAUCGAAGGAAGCACCUGUCGAAUUUGAUGUAUCCUCGAACGUCAAACGAGACUUCAAAAAAUGUAUAAUGAGAUCAAAAAGUGAAGAAUGUCUUUCGAUAUAGAUCCUGUUCAUGUCUAUAUCAAAUAAUAUUUGCGAAUUUUCCUCGUGGUGCUUCAUGAAAACAUACGAAAAGUAUGCACGGCGAUUUACUAUCACACUCAUGGCCUACGCUUCGGAUUUGCUUGCCUUUCGGUUGCAUUAAGUUGCCUUAUAUAUUUACGUUUAAUCUUGCGAUUAAUAACGUAUGUCGUCGCUAGUCCGACUAGCUGACUUCGCUAGUCUUCACUAAGCCAACCCGUCCAUGUACAACGCCUUUCUCGUGUUGUUCAAAGCGAAAAGAAACAGGAGUAUGAAAAGUAACGAAGGAGUAAACGCUUACAGGAACAAUAUGGACAAAAACAAUGAAAAAGAAAACAUAAAAGGAAAUAAUUCGUCUGAAAUGCAAGCCCGACCAACAUUACGGCGAUAUAUAUUUGUAAACAUUUUUGAAAAAAGAAAAAGAUAAGUGAAAUGGAAUCGAAAAAGCAGAUCUUAAUGACUUCGCAUAACUCGCCACUUGGCAGUUCAUUUUAGCUUUAGAAUGAUUGUAUAUCUAUCCGCGCAAUACAUCGCUUGAUAGGUCAGCAACACUCGAGUCACAUUUUUUGACGGUGAACUGCACACAUACACACACAUACACGGAUUCUAAAAAGAAAAAUAACUUCUUGUUGUUAUUCGAAUCAUUGGAAAUCCGGACAUGAUAAUGUAAGAUUGGAAAAUUUGUUGGAAAAAUCGGAUUAUGUCGAGUAUUCCGAUUUGAGUAGCAACAAGAACUAAAUGUUUUUAUGGAUCGUAAUACAAUGUAAAUUUAACUUAUUUAAAAGAAUAUUUCCUAACAAUUUUUAAUUGUAUAUAUGAUAAUUUCUUAGCGUAACUUAUAUAAAUGUACUAUUAUACGAUUGUAAUAAUUGCAAGAUUAAAACAUGAAUAUUUUAUUUAUAUAGCGAAAUCAUUGGACAAAUGUUACACACAUAAAUCUUGAGGUCAGAAGGAAUGUUAAUCGGCGAUUUAUCCUUCGUACGAUCGUGUAAAUUAUUAUAAUUAUUAUAAAUGAUAAAAGAAAAGAAAACGCAAAUGGCAUGACGUCUAUAGAAAAUGUGUUGUUUAAACUUUUACGACUCGAAACACGUCUUAACAUUUAAGCAGCGUUAGCUUUCAAUGUAUAACACAGUUUUAAAAGGCACAGAAAGGAAUCGUAUAUAGUAUGUAUUUAAAAGAAAAAAUAUAUAUAUACAUAUAUAUAAAUAUACAUACUUUAAAUAAGGUAUUCUAUUAAUGUAUAAUAUAUUGAGAAGAUAUAAUUAUGCAUCUGAAGUUUAUAAAUUAUUAUCUAUAAUGACUGUUAUUCUAUGUUUAAUAGACUUGCCUAGAGCCUAUCUGACCUAAGGACCAAAGGCACAAUCACACACGCAUCAAAAUAAAACAUUAUGCUCCUAUGUACUGUCGUAACAUUUAUUGUAACUCAUUACGGACGUUGCGAUACUGGCAUUUAAAUAUUCUGACUGUUACAAUACAUUAUUUGUAUUACAAAACAAGAAACUAUUUUCCCUUUUACACAAGACGCAAACCAAUGUAAUAUGACGAAGUAUUAUUACAGUCCAUGACGACAGAGUUUUUUUAUUCACUGUCAUUUUUCUCCAAUAUACUAGUA